GUCUUUUAUUUGUCAGUUAAAUGAAUUGUAGAUAUGCUUAAAGCAAUUAUCAUUGAAUAUGUAACAGGUCAACUAUCUCGUACAAUCUAGAAUUGAAAAGAAAACCGAAACUGUGAAUAAAACUACUAGAAAAUGAAAAAAAAAACCUUCGUUAUUAAAAUAUAGCACGUGUAUUUAUAUAUAAUAUGUUAUUAUUAUUAUCGUUUGAUAUGAGUUUUUAAUUAGUACUUUAGUUUCACAAAAAUGGUGCAGGCUCCGGAUGUAAACAUGAACAAUGAAGAUUUACCACAAGCUUUAAUUCUUCUCAAUGAGAUGAAAGUAAGCUCUCAACAUGUAGCAACGCUAGUAGAUAAUAUGAUUCAAAAAGUGAGAAAAGGCGAACUAACAACUGAUCAGGGUUUAAGUUUCUUAGAAAUGAAGUAUAAUAUGUUACUUUCUUACCUCAUUAACUUAACUUAUGUAGUUUUGAGAAAGUCUUGUGGUGAAAAAAUAGAAGGUGACCCAUGUAUAGACAGGUUAGUAGAAAUAAGGACAGUCUUAGAAAAAGUAAAGCCAAUAGAUCGAAGACUGAAAUAUCAAAUUGAUAAAUUGGUAAAAACAGCAGUUAGCGGCCAGAGUGUAGAUGAUCCGACAAGAUUUAAAGCUAAUCCAGCGAAUCUGAUUGGGAAUUCAGAUGAAUCUGGUUCGGAAGAUGAUAGUGGGGAUGAAAAAGAAAGAAAAGAGGGUAAAAGUGGUGUUUAUGUGCCCCCAAAAUUAUCCGCCUUACAUUAUACUGGUGAUGAAACUUCUAAAGAGAGAACAAAAUUACUCCAAGAACGGUCGAAAAAACACGCUUUAUCAAGUGCUAUUAUGCAAGAUCUUCGUGAAGAGUACCUAGAUACUCCUGUAGAAGUUUCCCAAAGUAGUAGAGCCCAACAGGUAAUAUCCAAACAACAACAAGAAAGACAAGAAUAUGAAGAAGAAUAUAUGACACGUUUACCUGUUAGUAAAGCAGAUAAACAUAAGAAACGUCAAUUAACAACUUUAGGUACUUUAGGAGAUGAAAUUACAGAUUUUGAAAGAUCUAAUUCGAGCAGAAAAAGGAAAAAUAAAUUUACCAAUAAGAAAAAAGGUAAUUUUAAAAAAAGACGUUUCCAUUAAAAAUAACAAUUUUUUGUGUUAAUAUUAUUACUUUUUUGAUUUAAAAAUAAAAUGUAUUGAAAUAUUAGUUGAUAGAGAGCUUUUAAAAUUUCUAAAAAGUAUAUCGUUUGUUUGCUUUCAAUUUGAACUCACCCAAGUAAAUACUAUAUACUUUCCAUAAUGUGGAUUUUGAUAAUGAGCCAAAAAUCAUAUAAAUAAAUAUUUUUUACAGCUUUUCCUUUAAUUUUUUUGUAAUAUUUUUCAAAACUCAUUUCCAUUUAAAUGGUUUCUAGAAUGCUUGUCGCUCUGUAAUCAAAUCAGUUGCUCCUUUUCAAUUUUUUUUUUUUUGAUUAAAUAGUUUCCAACUAAGUGAUCAUGUGCAGCUUCUGUUCAGUAAUUUAUCUUAAUUUAGGAACUAGACAGUAAAAAAACAAAAUUUGCAUUCAAAUAUUUAUUUCAAAAUACAUUUGGGUUCUACUAUUAAAUAUAAUAUCUUUUGCCAUUCUUACAAACUGUUGUCACACUUUUGCGCCGUUAUCUUUUCAACUAAAUCAAAAGUAUCAAAGACAAAGUAAUUAUUAUUUUUAUAACAAAUAUAAAAUACCCUUUGAGACUAAAUUGCAUUAGUUGAAGGAGCCUUAAAUAAUCUAAUAAAAUGAAUAUUCAAGCACGAGCUUUUAAAUAUUACUUUAGAAUUAUUUUUAUUUGUUGGGUGGAAAAUAAUUAGAAACUACCUCGAAAAUAUAUAAAAAGAUUGGAUUAUUCAUUUUAAUGGACUAUAAAAUUGUUAUAAAUCGGCCACAGACUGUUAUAAACUUGUGUAUUACUGGUUUUUAUUAUAAACAAUAAUGUUAAUAAUAUAAUAACAUUGACAUUAUCAGAUAUCGCAAUAAUUAAUUAUUGAUUGUUAUAUGUAGAACUAUUUUCAAUAUUAUAAACUUUUGUUUUCUUUUCACUAGUUUUCUAUAUACGUUUAGGUUUUUUUAUGUAUUAAGUUUUUGUUUAUGUAUAAUUUUUAAGAAAAUAAACUAUUGCUUUUAAACUA